CUGAUCUAGUCUCAGCAAACAAAACCAACCAACACUUUUCUUUUCCACACACAUUCAGAUAUUCGCCCAAUUUAUUAAACAUUGCAAAUCUUUCCACAUCUGCAAUAUCCGAUUUUUCUGCAUAUCGCAACCGCAUUCCCAAAAAGGGGUUUGACCAGCACUUCAGUAUUCCUCACUGUCGCUGUAGCUCCGACCUGCGGGGAGCUAGCCCCGCCGUUUAACAACGCCGGCAUUACCGCUUGCGAUUGUCCGUCUCGCAAACUUCUCUGAGAAUUGAAGGCCCGGACGCUGUAACUGCACAAAAACCAAACAGAUAAAGCACUGGGAGCUCAUCAGCAAACAUUGAAAUGUCAGUUUUCAAGCUUUCCGCCCAGUUAAUAGGGCACUCCAACGAUGUCAAGGCUGUACGAUACAAAUCCAAGGAUGUCAUUAUCUCAGCGUCAAGAGAUAACUCAGUCCGGAUAUGGAGGCAGACGUCAGCACCAAACACACCUCCUGCCUUCGACAGCGCUACCCUAGCCCAGUCCGGCUCCUACGUCAACUCGCUCGCCCUCAUCCCGCCUUCUACCAACCAUCCUGACGGAUUGGUGGUUACAAGUGGGCUCGACCCUGUCAUCUACGUUCACGAACCGAAACCGCUGGACCAGCAAAGCAGUGGCUACCCCAUACUUCUCCCCGGUCAUUCCAACAACGUAUGCAGCCUCGACGUUUCGCCUAAUGGCCAGUACAUAGUCUCCGGUAGCUGGGAUACCAAAGCAAAGAUUUGGGAUGUGAACAAGUGGGAUCUAGCGGCUGAGUUGGACGGCCAUGACAAGUCAGUCACAGCGGUUCUGGCGCUCAAGGACUCUGCCGCAAUCACAGGAUGCGCCGACAACAUGAUCAGGGCAUAUGGACUUGCGCGCGCAGGCUCAGCCGAAGUCCUGCAAGCUGGAAAGACAUUAGCAACAGCCGAGCCUGUGCGUGCCCUUUGCCGACUGCCCACUGAGCACGAGAGCGGCGCCGAAUUCGCUAGCGCCGGUAACGACUUCGUGAUUCGUCUCUGGACCGUGAGAGGUCAACAGGUUGCUGAGCUGCACGGCCAUGAGUCGUAUGUUUACUCGCUGGCAUGUCUGCCAUCCGGGGAGAUUGUUAGCGUAGGCGAGGAUAGGACGCUUCGGAUAUGGAAAGGCCACCAGUGCGUGCAGACAAUCGUUCAUCCAGCAGUCUCGGUCUGGGCGGUAGAUGUAUGCCCCGAGACUGGCGAUAUUGUCACAGGUGCUAGCGAUGACAUCAUCCGGAUAUGGACUCGAAGCAGCGACCGCCUCGCGGAUGAGGUCACUUUGAAGCACUUUGAAGAGGCAAUCAAAGGCAUGGCUAUACCUAAGGAGACUAUGGGUGGAGAUUUGAAGAAUCAAGAGUUCCCUGGGCCCGAGUUCCUUCAAACGAAUACAGGCAAGAAGGACGGGCAUGUGCAGGUAAUCAAGAACCCUGAUGGGGGGCUUGAGGCGCACAUAUGGUCUGCAGCACAAAACAAAUGGGAGUUCUACGGUGCCGUCGUCGACUCUCCUGGAAGCUCGGACAAGAAGAUCCACCACGGAGGCAAGGAGUGGGAUUUCGUGUUCCAAGUCGACAUCGAAGAUGGCAAGCCAACACUACCUCUGCCGUAUAACGCUGGAGAGAACCCUUACGAUGCAGCGCGGAGGUUUUUGGAAGCAAACGAGCUACCUAUUGGAUAUUUAGAGCAGGUUGCCGCGUUCAUCGUGAGGGAGUCUAAAGGCCAGAACAUCGAGAAUGUUGGCGCUGCUUCAAGUGCCCCUGCUCCGACAGAGACUCCCUCAGCAGGUCCUAAGCAUGCUCUUCCAGUUCGAGAAUAUGUCUUGAUCCCAAGUUUAAACUCGGAACCACUCGUCAAAAAGAUUCUUUCCUUGAACGCGGACCUCGUAAAGAGCGGCGACAAAGAAUUCGCCAUGAAUCCGGCCCAAGUCUCAUCUCUGCAGUCCUUUGUGGCCAGUCUUCAGACCGCGUUGCAGUCAGUCUCUAGCAAGGUUUCUUGUACGAAACGCGUUGAGGUUCAGAGUCCUGGAUUCAGUAUCACCCCUCAAGACUUGGACACGAUUAUGAACAUGGCAGUCAACUGGCAAUAUGCUAUGCGAUUGCCAGCCCUUGACCUUCUCCGGUGCCUGGCUGUAUUUGAGCAAGCCGUGACAUACUCACCACGCUCCAGUCCAUCAUAUCUCGAUGCUAUUUUAAGCGCGGCCUUUGAGACGCCGACCGGCGCCCCAAUCAACGAGGCUUCGGCGUUCAUGGCUAUGCGCGCCGUUGCAAAUAGCUUUGCCACUGCUCAAGGUCGCACAACUGCGGUUGCCGUCUUCCCGCGUGUCGUUUCGAUACUCGAGGCAAUUCUAGGUAUUGAGGCUGAGCCGUUCAAGGGACCUCUGGGACCGGAGAACAGGAACCUAAACAUCGCAGUAUCGGUGGUUAUGCACAAUUACGCUGUCCUGGCAGCGGCGCAGCCAGGCACCCUUCCAACUGAGGGACUAUCUCUGCUUGUCAAUUGUAUUGGCGAGGUACUGCAAAACAAAGCGGAAACGACGACGCUCGUACGUGCUCUCGGCGCUUUAGGGACGCUCGCUCAGGUCAAGGAUCUGUCCAAGACAGUGCGGGAUCUGGGCGGCCUUGGGUGGGCUCGAUCAGUCGGCCAGAGGAGCCAGGACGCAGAGGUUAGGGGAUGGGCUGCUACGGCAGAGCAGUCGCUGGGCUGAUUUAUCCUUUUAUGAUUUUGCACAUGAUACCUGCCUAGGGAGUUGUGCCUUGGGGAUCGACGGAACGGUUGAUUUGGAGGCUGCGGAUGGAUGUAUUUCUUUCGCUUUUUCCCAAUUGCUAACGCACAGUCUUGCAUAAGAGCACCUCACAGAAUAAUCGGUAAUGAUGGCAGUGCAUAGAUCGAUGGAUUUGUUUACAGAUGAAACAACGCUGAGAUUUGUGACAGAUGCAAUGAUAACGAUAUUCAUGUGUGAUUGCUUUGAGAGGGAUGAUCCAAU